AUGACUUUUGCUAUAUUUUAUAUAUUAUGUGAGUUUCAAUUAUUAUUCCAUCACCGAUUGGAUUGCAUAAAAAUGGAAUCAUCCACAAAAUCUAUAGAGUUUGGGGAGAACAGAGAAGGCAGUAAAAUGGAGUCAAAUGAAGACAUAAAACAACAACAAAUCAAUAAUGGCAAAGGAGGGUGGCUCAGCUCCAUGCUAAUCCUAGGAACAAGUUUGGGACUAGGUAUAGCAUCAGGAGCAUGGUAUUCCAAUUUAAUAGUGUUCCUUAUUAGUAUGUUCAACGUGAAGAACAUCCCUGCUGCUCAGAUUAACAACAUAUUUAGUGCAUUGAUCAAUUUGUUUCCGUUCAUCGCCGCCAUCUUUGCUGAUUCUGCUUUCGGAUCCUUCUCCAUUACACUCAUUUCCUCCAUUGUUUCAUUAUUGGGAGUUCUCAUGUUCACCUUAAUAGUUACAAUCAAGUCACUAAGGCCGCCUAAAUGUGAUCUUAACUCAACUUGUGUACCACCAACAACCUCCCAAUACUCGUUUCUUUACACAUCUCUUACAUUAGCAUCACUUGGACUUGGAGGAACGCGAUACAUACUAGCAACAAUGGGAGCUGAUCAAUUAGAUAAGCCUAAACAUCAAGCAAGCUUCUUCAAUUGGUUUGUAUGCUUCUUAUAUGUUGGUUGGAUUAUUGGAUACACUCUCCUUAUUUAUAUCCAAACUAGUGUGAGUUGGGUACUUUCAUUUGUCAUUGCUCUUGCUGCGAAUCUGAUUGCUGUUGCCCUAUUCGUAGUUGGAUCACGAAUCUAUCGAAAAAUUCCACCUCAAGGAAGCCCUUUCACUAGUAUAGCUAGGGUUUUUGUUGCUGCUUUCAGAAAUAUGAAAAUGGCUAAACCAAUACAUAAUGGACAAGUUUGUUAUUUUUCAAAACUCACCUAUGGAGAGCCUACCAAAAGUCUCAGGUUCCUAAACAAGGCAGCAUUCAUUAAAGAAGGAGAAAAUCACGAAAAUGGCACAAAAACGAAAUCAUGGAGCCAAUGUACUGUAGAAGACGUAAAAAAGCUAAUCAAAAUAUUGCCACUAUGGUCAAGUAGCAUUUUGCUUAGUGGUGCAAUGGGAGUUAUCAUUAGUUUCACUGUACUUAUGGCAUUAGUGAUGGAUAGACAUAUGGGUUCUAAUUUCGAAAUUCCGGCGGGAACAUUCACAGUCGUCACUCUUGUAUUCACGGCCAUCACUUCCUCUUCACUCGAUCGAUUCAUAUACCCUACUUACAAGAAACUCACUGGUCGACGUUUGACAUAUUUACAAGGAAUCGGAGUUUGCCACGUUAGCAACAUCCUUGCCGCGAUAGCCUUUGCUCUUAUUGAAAGAAAACGACACAAGCUAAUCCAACAUAACGUUGUGGCACCACUAUCGGCCUUAUGGCUCAUAUUUCCAUUAGUCAUAAAUAUAAUGGGUAUUGGAGAAGGGUUUUACUUUUCACCGGAGGUGGCUUUGUAUUAUCAAGAAUUUCCCAAGUCAUUACGGAGUACAUCAACUGCUAUGAUAUCUUUGCAUAUUGCGGCUGGUUAUUACAUGAGCUCAGCCUUUAUAGAUUUGGUUGGUCGAACGAGUAAUUGGCUACCAAAUGAUAUAAACCUCGGUAGGGUUGAUAAUGCUUGUUGGGUGCUUGCAAUUGUUGCAACGGUCAACUUUGCUUACUUUCUCCUAUGUGCCAUAUUGUACAAGUAUAAUAAUCCUAAUCCAAUCUUGGAUGAUGUUACUUCUGCAUCUAGUUGACAAUUUCUUUUUCUCAUACCUUUAAAUGUUACUGUAUAGUGUCAUUCUAUAUUUAGAAUAAUUUACUCCCUCCAUUUCUUUUUGAUGUAUCCAUUUCAGAAAGUGGGGAGUUUUUAAGAAAAUUGGAAUCUUGGUUUGUAUUGGUAUAAGUGUAAUG